AUGUCCGGCAAUUCAAGUGAUGCUCAGGCCGAGUUGAUUAGAUUGAGACGAGAGAAUGAACUUCUGAGGGAGAAAUUGAGACAGAGCGGGACGCAGGAGGGUGUGGGUGCCGAUCGGCUUUCGUUGCCCGAGUACGAGAGGUACGGCAGACAGAUGAUUGUGGAGAGCACCGGUGGUGUCCAGGGACAGCUGCUUUUGAAGAGUGCGAAAGUGUUGGUUGUUGGGGCAGGUGGACUGGGAAGUCCCUGCCUGCCUUACUUGGCUGGUGCCGGCGUGGGGACCAUUGGGAUUGUGGACAACGACACCGUGGAGGUGUCCAACUUGCACCGGCAGGUGAUUCACGAUUCUGGGAAAGUGGGGAUGUUGAAGUGUGAGUCCGCAAGAGAAGUGCUUGGCAAAUUGAACCCGAACGUCAAAGUGGUCACGUACCCUGUGAGGUUAGACUACAGCAACGCAUUCCGUAUCUUCGAAGGGUACGACAUAGUGUUGGACUGUACAGAUACACCUCUGACACGGUACUUGGUUUCGGACGUCGCAGUGAACUUGGGGAUGACCGUAGUCUCGGCGUCAGGCCUUGGCACGGAGGGACAACUGUCCGUUUUGAACUUCCAGGACUGCGGACCUUGCUACAGGUGCUUUUACCCAACACCACCACCACCGACAUCCGUCGCCUCGUGUUCCGAAGGUGGUGUGAUUGGGCCCUGUAUUGGGAUUGUCGGCGUCAUGAUGGCCGUGGAGACCAUAAAGAUCAUACUGGGCGUCUACACGAAGGAAAACUUCAAACCUUUCCUCAUGAUGUACUCUGGGUUCCCAGGGCAGACUAUAAGGACUUUCAAGAUGAGGGGGAGACAACCUCAAUGCAUUGCGUGUGGUACAGAGCGCACGAUCACUAAAGAAACGAUUGAGUCCGGGAUCGUCAAUUACAACGUGUUUUGCGGAUCGAGAAACUACAACGUUUGCCAACCGGAGGAGAGAAUCUCCGUAUCGGAUCUUCAAGAUGAACUUCUCGACAUGGACACAACCGUCCUGCUGGAUGUCCGCCCAUCGCACCACUACAAAAUAUCGCACCUCCCCCAUACGGUGAACGUGCCAAUGAAGGAAUUGAGAAACCUAGAUCGGUCUGUAGACGCCUUGCAAUCUCGGAUCCCACAGAUCACCGAGUCCAGCGAUGUGCUCGUAAUAUGCCGUCACGGAAACGAAUCGCAACUGGCGACGAGACUGCUCAAGGACGAGUUUAACAUUAAAAACGUAAGGGAUGUCACAGGUGGACUAUUCAAAUACAUCGAUGAGAUAGACCCUUCGAUGCCAAAAUAUUGA